AUGGAAUUAAUUUAUUUUGAUGAUCCGUUAGUUAAGAGGAAAAUAGAAGCGGCUGUAAAAGUUGCUGAACUGGUAGAAAAAGUUAAAAGAGCUGAAACCGCUAAUAAAAAAGAAGAAACGUUAUUUACUGAACUGAGUUCAGAGGUAACUAACAAAACUUUAGCUUAUAAAGUAGUGAAUAUUCUUCCAAAAUAUAGAGUGGAUGAGGCUAUAUUUAGAUUAAAACUUUGGAUGGGAAGUGUUGGAAAAACUGAAGAGGAAAGGAAAGCGAGAAUUGCAGAGAUAGAUAAAAAGAUUGCAGAAAACAAUAUUCAAAGAGCCGAAAAGGAUAAAAUGACUCGAUUAACUGUAAGCAGUUUAAGGGAGGCAAUUGAAGAAAGGAAUCGAAUUGAACAAGCCCAUAAAAUAACUAAUAAUCUCCAAGUAGUUUUGACAGGAACCGGUAAACUUAUUACAAAAAAUAAUCCAGAAGGGGUGGAUAUUAAUACUUUAACUACUGAAUAUAAGGUUAAGGAUUAUUCAAAUAAUAAUGUUUUUAUAGAUGAUUCAAACACUAUUACCGAUAUUGUUACAGGAACUACAAGUACUACGGGAGCAACAGUUAAAGAAAUAAUGGAUCAUGCUAAAUCGUUUAUAGAUAAUGCUAAGAAUAUUAAUACGACACCAUCUAACUCAACAACUUAUAAAAAAACUGGUUUAACAUAUUUUAAUAAUAGACUUGAAAAAGUUAUCGAAGCUUCUGGUUCUUCUAAGAAAGCUGACUUAAAAAAAAAUAUCAAAAUAAUUACCAAAUAUAUUAGUAGUGUUGAAUCUAAAAUUGAUGAAAAGUUAACAAUAAAAGAAAUUAGGGAUGCUAUGUUUGAUGAAGUCGCAGUUAUAGAGUAUGAAAAAAAAAGAGAAAGGAAUUCCAUGGAUAUUUUAAAAAAGAAACCUAGCGAGCUCUACCAAGUACCUAAUUACCAAAUUAUUUUUGAAUUCAUGAAAGAGGUAUUUCCUUUAAAAACAGGCACUACUACUUAUGAACUAGCUGAUAAACCUUAUCUUGAUAAUAUUAAUGAUGAUAAUUAUAUAAAACCAACUACAGCCGCUGGGUAUUCUUAUGAUCCAAAAUCUAGUUCAAUUAGUGCUGAUGAAGAUGCUAUACUUGAUAAGCUUUUUGGUCCUUUUAUGGAAUCCAAGACAAAUUCGAAUAAAAAUAGGUGGGCAACAGGUCAUAAUUAUGAUGAAGGUAGAAUUACAGGCUCGGAGGCUUCUUAUUUAAGGAAUUUACACUAUAUUAGAUAUUGCAGAACCAUGCGGGAAUUAUUUUUAGAAUUAGGAAUUUCUUCUAAUAUUGAUGAUUAUGAUAAUCAUUUAAUAAAUAUUUGUGGAGAAGCCGCGAAAGGAAGACUUAUUUUUCCUGAUAGAACCAAAAUGAUUGAAAGACAAACAGCAGAUAAUAAACAUCCUACAGCUGCAAAUGAUGCCCUUAUUUUAGCGGCACAAAAUAACAAGAUAUGA